GUGGUAUUUUAAAAGGUUUACAUUGUGCGACCAAAUGUAUAUUCUGGGUCAAAUUUAAGCCACACUCAGUUCCAUUUUAGGUAACUUACACAUUUAGAUAUAGAAAACAUACAGUAACGUAGCUAUGUCGUAACGGUAAAUAACCGUAACAACAUGUUUAUCUGAUCAUGUAAGAUGGAUAUACUAUGCCUUUAAGAUAGCUAGCUAGUAGAUGUUUACAAACUGACAUUUGAGCAUGUAAUCUAGUCACUUAUGGCAGUGAGAUAUACACGAUUCAAACUAUGGCUGAAUCAAUUAAUUAAUCUAUAUAAUUGGCCGUGUUUUCUUUAUUCAGGUUUAAGGUCAGUUAGCCUUCACCCCCACCACCACUCUCUCCUAUUCGCUGUCUACGUCUCUCUCCCGCUGCCGAUCAGCGCUUGCUGCUGUGUCUACGUUCCUGUUGUCAGUGAACGGUGAAACUCCACAGAGUAGCCUGCAGCCUCAGCCACAGAAACUCGGGUUUAUUCCAACUUUACUGCCACUUGUGAGUGUGCCUGAACGAGUAACGCUUUGUUAGCACACCAAAUUAGCCGACAGUGAGUCACACAGCAAACGGUCGGAACUUGAAAUAUGACGAUAAGCAAAAUGGGUGGAAAGUCAUUGCUAGCUUGCUGAAGUUGGAGGUUCUCCUUGUGGAAGAGGAAGAGGUGGCGGCGGCGGCGGCAGACACCACGAGUUCACUCUCACAAUAAAAAGACUGCAGCCCAACCAGAAGCUUCAAAGGCGGGUUUUACUCAGCAGAGCGGUUCAAGAGAAAAUGGCUGCUGUUUCCAGGUCUUGUUUGCACAUCUGUCAGGAGGAGUGAGCCCAGCCUUCCAACAUACCUCCUCCCUUUCGUUGGGCUAAGAUGAGUAUUACCAGUGACGAAGUGAACUUUCUGGUCUACAGAUACCUCCAAGAAUCAGGUUUCUCCCACUCAGCAUUCACCUUUGGCAUCGAGAGCCACAUCAGCCAGUCUAACAUCAAUGGAACACUAGUGCCCCCUGCAGCCCUCAUCUCCAUCCUGCAGAAGGGGCUUCAGUACGUGGAGGCAGAAAUCAGCAUCAAUGAGGAUGGUACAGUUUUCGACGGUCGGCCAAUUGAGUCGCUGUCACUCAUUGACGCGGUGAUGCCAGACGUGGUGCAGACGCGGCAGCAGGCCUUCCGUGACAAGUUAGCUCAGCAGCAGGCGGCCUGUGCCAUGGCAGCGUCAACCUCUGGAAACCAAUCCAACGCACCAAAGAAUGGAGAAGCCACUGUCAAUGGGGAGGAGAAUGGCACUCACAACAUUAAUAACCACAGUGAGCCCAUGGAGAUGGACGUAGAUGUGGAGAUACCUGCCAGCAAAGCCACAGUGCUCCGAGGCCACGAGUCUGAAGUGUUCAUCUGUGCCUGGAACCCUGUCAGCGAUCUGCUGGCCUCAGGCUCGGGGGACUCCACCGCUAGGAUCUGGAACCUGAACGAGAAUAAUAACUCCAACUCCACCCAGCUGGUGCUGCGCCACUGUAUCCGAGAAGGUGGCCAGGACGUCCCCAGCAACAAAGACGUCACCUCACUAGACUGGAAUAGCGAAGGCACUCUCCUGGCAACGGGCUCGUAUGAUGGAUUUGCCAGGAUAUGGACAAAGGAUGGAAAUCUGGCAAGCACCUUGGGGCAGCACAAAGGGCCCAUAUUUGCACUCAAGUGGAACAAGAAGGGGAACUCUAUUCUCAGUGCUGGUGUAGAUAAGACAACAAUCAUUUGGGAUGCACACACAGGAGAAGCCAAGCAGCAGUUCCCUUUUCACUCAGCCCCAGCACUGGAUGUCGACUGGCAGAACAACACCACCUUUGCCUCCUGCAGCACAGACAUGUGCAUCCACGUAUGUCGCCUUGGCAGCGACCGGCCCCUCAAGACCUUCCAGGGCCACACGAAUGAAGUUAAUGCCAUCAAGUGGGAUCCAUCAGGUAUGCUGCUUGCCUCCUGCUCAGAUGACAUGACCUUAAAGAUUUGGAGUAUGAAGCAGGAGUCAUGUGUCCACGACCUCCAGGCUCAUAGCAAAGAGAUCUACACUAUCAAGUGGAGCCCCACAGGCCCCGG